GUGCGGACCAUCACAGUCGCCAUACUUAAUAUCUUAUACGCAUGCGUGUGGUGGUCGCAUUUAGCUAUCAGAAGCAUAAUUUUAAAACAUGUCAGAGAAAGGAGAAGUGGAUUUAACGGGUGCCAAGCAGAACACGGGUGUGUGGCUUGUAAAGGUUCCCAAAUACCUCUCUCAGCAAUGGGCAAAGGCAACUGGCAGAGGCGAGGUCGGGAAACUCAGAAUCUGCAAGAAAGGAAACCAAGGAAAACCAGAGGUGUCUUUCACAUUGAACGAAGAGCUGACUGUGAUUGAGGGUAUAGAAGACAAGACGGUGUCUGCGCCUCGCGAGCACCCGUUCACCAUGCAGACGGUGGGAGGGCAGACGUUGGCGGUAUUCACAGAAAAUUCAUCAGGCCAGUUAGAAGAAAGAUCUGAUGGCAGCAGCUCAGUUUCGGGGGCGGGGGCAGGUCCAGAUAAAAUAGCCUUGGAGGGAGUGGUAGUGCAGAGAGCAGAGUGCAGACCCGCUGUUAGCGAAGGCUAUAUGAGGCUGAAAAGGUUACAAAUUGAAGAGUUGGCCAAGCCAGUCAGGCUGUCACAACAGUUGGACAAAGCUGUCACCAGCAACUACAAACCCGUGGCCAACCAUACUUACAAUCUGGAGUAUGAGCGGAAAAAGAAGGAGGAGGGCAAGAGAGCAAGAGUUGACAAACAGCAGGUGCUGGACAUGUUGUUCUCUGCUUUUGAGAAGCACCAGUACUACAACAUCAAAGAUCUGGUGGACAUCACCAAACAGCCUGUGAUUUACUUGAAGGAAAUCUUACGUGAUAUUGGCAUCUACAAUGUGAAGGGAACCCACAAGAAUACCUGGGAGCUCAAACCAGAAUACAGACAUUACCAAGGGGACGAAAAGACUGAUGAAUAAUUUCUUAACAUCCCAAGGUCGAAACACAACCUUAGUUUGGCCUUGGAGCGCUCUGAUUUUCUUACACCAGGUCUCAAACACACUGGAGGAUGUCAGGCAAAGGUUGCGUUUUACAGGGAGAAGUUUUAGUUUAUUUUAUAGGAGACAAGGGGCACUGGAAAACUGAACUUUUGUGUCAUAGCUCCAGUACACCCUUGAGGUCACAGGCACCCAGUAUUUGAGUUUGUCCUACCCAUUAGAGGCACAGGACAGCCUUUUAUGAAGCAAGAGAUUCAUAUGUAAACCCCAUCUUAGAAUUUUUUAGUUUCUAGUUUUUUUUAAUGACUUAAGGUUUGCAUACCACGACUUGCUUUUACAGUUAAGACCUGUGCCGCUGCUGUACUUGUGCUUCAGAUGCUUUAAAAUUGUUUUGACUCAUGCAAUAAAAAUUUUUAAUCUU